CGCCGGGCUCCGUAGCCCGCGCCGCUUCGCCUUCCUGGCACCUGAGACGGCCGCCGGGGGAUCCUCUUGCAGCUGCGGGCCGCGCAUCGCGGCCAUGUCCCGAAAGCAGGCGGCCAAGGGCCGGCCGGGAAGCGGCAGCCGGAAAGCCGAGGCCGAGCGCAAGCGCGACGAGCGGGCGGCGCGCCGGGCCCUGGCCAAGGAGCGGCGGAACCGGCCAGAGUCCGGCGGCGGCGGCGGCUGCGAGGAGGAGUUCGUCAGCUUCGCCAACCAGCUGCAGGCCCUGGGGCUGAAGCUGCGGGAGGUGCCGGGGGACGGCAAUUGCCUGUUCAGAGCACUUGGUGAUCAGUUGGAGGGACACUCACGAAAUCAUCUCAAGCACCGACAAGAGACAGUGGAUUACAUGAUAAAGCAGCGGGAAGAUUUUGAACCCUUUGUAGAAGAUGACAUUCCUUUUGAGAAACAUGUGGCCAGUUUGGCAAAGCCUGGCACCUUUGCUGGUAAUGAUGCAAUCGUAGCCUUUGCAAGAAAUCAUCAAUUGAAUGUGGUGAUUCAUCAACUUAAUGCCCCUUUGUGGCAGAUUCGUGGCACGGAGAAGAGCAGUGUGAGGGAGUUACACAUCGCAUAUCGGUGUGGAGAGCACUAUGACAGCGUUCGGAGGCUCAAUGACAACUCAGAAGCCCCCGCACACCUCCAGACGGAUUUUCAGAUGCUUCAUCAAGAUGCAUCAAAUAAAAGGGAAAAGAUCAAGACGAAGAGCGUUGACUUUGAGGAUGACCUGAGAGAUGAAGUAGAAGAUGCUGUCCAGAAAGUUGGCAAUGCAACUGGAUGUUCAGAUUUUAAUUUGAUAGUCCAGAACCUGGAAGCUGAAAAUUAUAAUAUUGAAUCUGCAAUAAUUGCCAUGCUUCAGAUGAACCAGGGGAAAAGAAAUAAUGCAGAGGAGAACCUUGAGUCCAGCGGCCGAAGUCUGAAGCAGUGUGGCCCUGUAUGGGAGGAGGAGGGCAGUGGCACCAGACUCUUUGGCAAUCAGGGCUUACACGAAGGCAGAACUGAAAACAAUAAAGAGCGGGUCAGCCCUAGUGAAGAAAAUAAAGCAAAUAAAAACCAGCUCCCAAAGGUCACCAACAAACAGAGGCGGGAGCAGCAGCGACUGGAGAAGAAGAAGCGACAGGAGGAGAGGCACCGUCACAAAGCCCUGGAGAGCAGGAGUGGCCAUAGGGACAGCAACCGAGGUGAAGCAGAUGCGAACGCGCAGGUCACCUUGGUGAAGACCUUUGCCACUCUCAACAUCUGACUCUCUGGCCUUCUGGGAGCUGCAAGAAGCGAAUGGAAAAUGGAGUGCUGUGUAGCAGGCUCUCCAGCGAGGCUAUCCUCUCACAAAAUGACACGCAACCCACAAAACUCACACACAAGCUCACACACUGAGUUCGUCUCCUUCAAGUUGCCUCUGUUUUGCUCAAACUUUUGUUAGUGAUGUGUUUUAUUUUAUGAAAGUUCAGUGAAGUCAUUCAUGUUCUGUAAUUAAAAUAUUGAGUUCUAGGGUUGGAUGGUUAGUUCAGGCAAAACCUUUUAAGUGUGGUUUUAUUUGCCUUGAAAAAUCAGAGUUCAGUGACCCUGGGAUUUUUCCUGAACAUUUGGGGUGAGUUUUACCAUAAUUGUUCAUGAAGUAGUUUAGAUUAGUUCCUAGAAAUUCAGAAUGACAAGUUUCCUUUGUUUCUCUUUCAUUUUCAAGCAGAUAUUCACAUACAGGAUAGUUUAUAAACAGUCUUCAACUCAGGAACAUGUUUAGAUUUAAUUUUCUACUAAUCCAAGUUAAUCAGAAAUCAAUUCAGGAAGUAUUUUUCCCAAAGUAAUAGCAUAUGAGGGUUGUGGCCUAUUGUCAGGGUGGAAAUUCAACAGCUAUGUUUUUCUCCUUCCUGAUUCUGAUGCUAUUUCAGAUGGGAUGCAGGUGCUGAGAGUUUGCUUGAGCUCAAGUCAUACAAUACACCUGACUGUUAAUUGUGCCUGGACUUUGCUGGAAAAGUGGUAGUGUUGUUGAGGUUUUGGUACUUGUUUCUUAACAUGGAGAAGGUGGCAUGUUACCGCUUAUGUUGUAAUUCUGGGCUUCUGAUCGUAUGGAGAGCAGAACCCAUAGUUAUGCAGGGAGAAAUGAAGAGAUUCCUGAGUCUUUGUCUAGGGAGAGUCUAAAAGAGUUACUUGAUUUUGUAGGGGCCUGGAAGGGUCUGGAAGAAUAAGGCUUUUCAGGUUCACAUUUUAAGUAAUUAACUGUAUUUUCUUCCUUGCUGUUCUAGACUAAGAUGCCUUCAGAGAAGUAGUUUGACCUGUUGCUCAGUUUUCUUAGUGUCGUGAAAAUGGAAUCCCAUAAAAUGCUGCAUUUCUUUCUUUCUGUUCCAGCCCUUUCUGGGAUCUUGAUGUUGGAAAAAUUCUUCCACACUCUAGCACUUGUCAGUGACUUAGGUUAGACCAACAGGGCCAAAAGCCAUGGAAUGACUCCACAGUUCUGACAUGGAUUUGGGAGGUGGAGAGAGGUCAUUCUUAAGACUGGUAGGUGGGUGUGAACUUUCAGCCUGGAACCAUGUAUGAAGUGGACAGUCGUGGACAGCCUUGGCCUUCUGGGGACCCAGUAUUUGGACAAAUAAAUUCUGAAUGAAAAGGUAAAUUAGUUACUUCUCCACCUCAGACUUCAAAAUUAUAACCGUUCCAAGGAGAAAUGAAAACCAUAAAAAUGUUUUGACUGAAUGGAUGUACCAUUGUCUGGGCCGGCCCUGGAUUCAUUGAAUUCCUUUUAUCAGCAGACGAUUUGCUUUCUCCAGUUUUAAUGAUGUGUUUUAAUUUUUUGUUCGUUGACUUCAGUGACUUUUUAUAGUUGAAGCAUCUGUAGUUUCUUGGAACUGCUGUCAGGCUAUUGUGGUUUAGGCUUCUUCCUGGUGCGGUGCUUUGUAAUAGUAGCAGAUUGGGAAAGUGCGGAGCAUGUUUUCUUUGCACAUUGUGGAGUCCUGAGUCUGAGGCUCUAGUACUCAGUCCCUACAGGUGCAGGGUCUCUGUUGCCUUAGUUUCCAAGGGAGUGAGAUCCAGUGCUUAAGGAUCAAUCAUUCUCUUGGCUUUUGACUCUGGACACUUUCCUGACUGUGGCUGAUCUUUUCUGAGUGAACACUCUUUCUUGUCUGUCUGGUAGGGCGAGAGGGCCAGAGACCAGAUCCUCUCAAGAAGGUCAAGAUUGUGUAUCAGAAACUCAGCAGAAUUAGGAGUCUGAAAUAGCAUAAGGGAUACCCCUUGUCAGGAGCAAUAGAAUUGCUUUAUUUACCUGGUUAAUGAAGGUGGCCUUGGGCCCUGUUGGGGUUUUAGAAGUUUUAACUAGAAGCUGCUAAAAAAUAUUGGGCACACUUAUUAACAAAUUACCAAAUUCUGAUAGUAGACUUCAGCAUUUCUGGGGUAAAAUAACAGUGGUUUUAAAAAGUAAUCCAGCGUCAGUAAUUUUCUCUUAUUACCAUUUCAUAGUUUUCCAGUUAAAAUUGGUCUGCAUUUAAUACAUUAAUUAUUAGGAAUGGGGUAGACGUACCCAACUUUAGUGAUCUCUUCUUGCUAAGCGUGUGAAUUUAGACUUCACUGCCUCAGUCUCACUGAAGUAUGAGGUAGAUGGGAUCCAUAUAAUUGGUUGCCUUUUGGGCAUUUGAAAAUUACUUUAUUGGCAGCCAGCAUGGAGGUCCAGUGAGUUUGGCCCUGGGAUGACUGUUGUCAGUGACUCUUGUCCCCAGUACAGUGACUCACGUGCAUUCCAUGUUGGGAGGUGCGUCUUGCUUAGCCUCUGUGCUGUGUCUUGGCCGUUAGAGGUUUAUGUCAUGUGGGAUUGUCUCGGUAGCUUGUAGUGAGGUCAGGAGAAAGGGGAUGGGGCAGUGGUCUGUAGCUGCUUAUUAGUCUUAUGAACUGUAUAUAAGGUUUUAUGGAUUUUAAAACAAGUUUUUUUAAAGGUCAAAAUAAAUAAAAUUUUAGUGGCCACCGCUUUGUACUAGAGAGGUAGCUGUAUUGAAACAACCUAGAACCACACCUUCUAAAUAACAUAGUUGCCAUCAGGAGAUAUUAGGGAGAUAGAAUGCAUAUGUAUAUUUAAUUUUUCAGUGGUGUGCACAUAAUGCUUUUUGGAGCAGAGCCUGGUUGAGGGAUGGUGGCAGAAAGAAAGAUCUUGAAUAUCAGCUGAGGUUGCUGUCUGUAGUUUCUUUUAUAAGCUCUGAAAACACUUCCAAACCCAUCUUGAUCCCCAGGGCUUGUGAAGUGGGGUCUCCCUUGUGGGGUGGCUUGAGUGGGCGUCACAGGAACCUUCGAGGAGGUCAUCGGUAGCGCCCUGCCUCGUCUCCCUGGGGUUUACAAUGUGAAAUGACGCAGCCCUGGGGGAGGAGGGCCGUGUGACGUCGGGGAGAGCUGCUCACGUGUUAGGUAGGUAGGCAUCCGAUGGACUUCGGCACUGAACUGUCCUCGUGGUGGGUCCCUGUCGUCAAUGUGCAAUUUCUCUCAUUCUGAGAAACUUUAGACUGCCUGGGUUUUACUGGGUCAACAUAGAAUGCCGUCAGUUUACCUCUGUGAAAUGGUCAGCUCGAAUGUGCAGUCGGUUACUGGAAACUGGGAUUUCUAGUCCACACUGACUGACGGUCUCCCUGAGUAAAGGGAUGAAAAUGGAGCACUUGGUCUCCGUGGGUCACAUCUGGGGCCCUCUCUGACUCCCAUUUCAGGCAGACACGUGGCUCUUCACCUUUUUACCUUUUUACCUCAAGGCUCUGUCUGUCUGUAGCAAACGUCUAGAUUCAGAGUCUGCUGCUGUUUUUCCGUUUGGUCAUUUUCACUCUUCACCAUUCGUUCACCUCCGCUUUCAGAACAGGCGUUGCUAAAACUCUGGGGCCUUCCGACAGUUGUUCUGAGGUGAUUUAGUAAUGGCACUUUUUUACAAGAUGUGUUUUCCUGACUCUAAAGCAGAUUGUGUUUUUCCACUGACGUUGAAGCGAAGAUCUUCUAGAUGGCAUGUUUAGGGAAAUCUUCUGCCGUCACAUAUUAGAGGGGGAAUGGGUAACUGGUGUGACGUGGAGAUGGUGACCCCCCAGUCCCAAAGUGCUUGCAUGGUGUGGGGCCUGCCUGCACCCCGCGGCCCAGUCCCCGGGGGGGAAGCUGGGCCUGCAGGCGGCCUCGCCCUGCUCGGGCCCCAGGUGAUGCUCCCGGUGACCUCAGGCUCUUAGCCAUGUCUUCUAAGCUUACUGAUCUCUCUCUCCUAGUUAGAGGUGCUUUGUAGCUCGGUUAAAAUGGUUAGCAUCGUUGCGAAGUUACUGGAGAAGGGGCUGCGGUCAUGACGAAUGUUUCUGUAGAGCUCGAACUUCUGUGUGGUGGCUCUGUUUCCAGCAGGGCAGCCCCGUGCUCCAGAACGGCUGCCGCUUCCUGCGCCGGUCGUCAGGUGGGCGACAAUCCCCAAGCGUCUGAGGGCUGCCCCUGCCUCUGUGCAUGUCAGCAGCCAGCAGGUCACCGUGCCAGCCGUCGGGGACAAUCACUAGAGCUCAGUCAGAAACCGCAGCCUGUGGUUUGGGGCCCCCGGCAGGUCCCUGGACCAAAACUUGAAGAACUGGUGUGGGGGUGCCCACGUCUUCCCACCCUCAUUGUUCAUUUUCCAUGGCGGGAAGGGCCCUCGGCCUCCCUGGCCACCCUUCCAGCAAGCUCCAGAGACACCGAGCUCAGUGAGAAGGAAGGAAGGAGCCGGGAGUUAGACUUGAGCCCUGCCUGUUCUCGCUGACACAGAUGUGCUGGUGGGCGUGAACCCCUUGGGGAGGAGGGCAGGUGUGUCUUUGGGGAGCACAGGCCUUCGCAGGCUCAGGAACCUUCUUUUUUCUAAUUGCACUAUACUUGUUCUAGCUUCAGUCUGGAGAUAUUUAAGACCUCCAUGGGGUCACGAUCCAUAGACUUAGCAAGUCUUGCCUUAUCUCUGGAGCUCAACGGGGAGAAAUGUGACCAUUGUCUGGUGUCCAUAGUUCAUUUCCUCUCGGUGGUUUCUUUUCACAGAUUGUGUUCAUCUGAACCAUUUUAUUUUUUAUUUACCAAAGUACUGUACUUGGCUACUUGCAGUGUUUUCAAAACCAAAUGUUUCUUUUUUGUGUGUGUUUUUAAUCUUCCAUACUUGGUGCAAUAGAAGCUGCAAAGAUGUGCCACUUUAUCUAUGAAAUGGAGUUUUGUAUACCAAUAAAUUCUAGUUUAAAGA